AUAGCUCCGGGCGUUCGCUUGACAAGAUGGCGGCGGUGGGGCGGUGUUUUCGUGUCUGAGUCCUUCUCGGGUUCUAAGGCGGGCGCGGUUCUGCUGGGCCCGGCCCGCGAGGUCUAAGGCAUGGGCUUCCAGUCUCCGGCCGCUCUUCUUUUGAGGCUUCUCCUUCUGCAGGGCGUCCUGAGGCUGGUGUGGGGGGACCUGGCUUUCAUCCCUCCUUUUAUCCGAAUGUCCGGCCCUGCGGUCAGCGCAUCCCUGGUCGGAGACACCGAGGGCGUGACCGUGUCCCUGACCGUGCUGCAGGACGAGGCGGGAAUAUUGCCAGUUCCGACGUGUGGAAUGCUGAGCAAUGAGACGGAAGACUGGAGUGUGACUGUGACCCCUGGUGCGGUAAGGCAGAACCCUAACUGUGGUCCUCCUUGUGCUUCCGGAACUGAAUUUUUCUGUUGUGUGUACCUUUCAGAGAACGUGACUGUCAUUCCUAACCAGGUGUAUCAGCCCCUUGGCCCUUGUCCUUGUAAUUUAACAGCUGGGGCCUGUGAUGUUCGCUGCUGCUGUGACCAGGAAUGCUCAUCAAAUUUAACAGAGCUGUUCAGACUGUCCUGCUUCACCGGUGUGUUUGGAGGAGACGUCAGUCCUCCUUUUGAUCAACUCUGCUCUGCUGGGACAACGACACACAGUGUCCCCGACUGGUUUCCCUUUCUGUGUGUGCAGUCGCCCCUUGCCAACACGCCCUUCCUUGGUUACUUCUACCAUGGUGCCGUUUCCCCCAAACAGGAAUCUUCCUUUGAAGUAUAUGUGGAUGCUGACGCAAAAGACUUUGCAGACUUUGGUUACAAACAAGGAGAUCCCAUUAUGACUGUAAAGAAGGCAUAUUUUACUAUUCCGCAGAUGUCCCUGACUGGGCAGUGUAUGCAGAACGCCCCCGUGGCAUUUCUUCACAAUUUUGAUGUUAAAUGCGUUACUGAUUUGGAAGUAUACCAAGAACGAGAUGGUAUUAUCAAUGCGAAGAUAAAGAAUGUUGCCUUAGGAGGUAUAGAACGUCCCAGUAACAGUCAGGCUCAAAGACGGUCUUUAAUUUAUGAACAUAUUCUUGUAUUUGCAGAAACUCCUUUAAAUAACAGAUCAGCCCCCAGAAUCGUGAAUGUGGAAGAACAUUAUAUUUUCAAAUGGAAUAAUAAUACCAUCAGUGAUAUCAAUGUCAGAAUUAUUAGGGCAGAGAUUAAUGCCCACCAGAAAGGGAUAAUGACACAGAGAUUUGUAGUAAAAUUUUUAAGCUAUAAUAGUGGUAAUGAAGAAGAAUUAUCUGGAAAUCCAGGUUACCAACUUGGCAAGCCUGUCCGAGCUCUAAAUACCAACAGGAUGAAUAAUGUCACGACUUUAUAUCUUUGGCAGUCGGCUGGAAGGGGUUUGUGUACAUCAGCAACUUUCAAACCCAUUUUAUUUGGAGAAGAUGUCCUCUCUGGAUGCCUGUUAGAGGUCGGGAUUAAUGAGAAUUGUACUCAGCUCAGGGAGAAUGCUGUUGAAAGACUUGAUUCAUUAAUACAAGCGACUCACGUUGCAAUGAGAGGCAACUCCGAUUACACUGAUCUUAGUGAUGGCUGGCUCGAAAUAAUACGUGUAGAUGCCCCUGACCCAGGUGCAGACCCACCGGCUAGCAGUUUGAACGGCAUCUGCCUGGACGUUCCUGCUCGGCUGAGCAUCCGCAUUCUCAUCUCGGAUGCUGGUGCAGUGGAAGGGAUUACUCAGCAGGAGAUACUUGGCGUAGAGACAAGGUUCUCCUCAGUGAACUGGCAGUACCAGUGUGGGCUUACCUGUGAUCACAAGGCCGACCUUCUCCCUAUCAGUGCAUCUGUCCAGUUUAUUAAAAUUCCUGCACAGUUACCCCGCCCCCUGACAAGAUUCCAGAUCAAUUAUACAGAGUAUGACUGCAACAGAAAUGAGGUGUGUUGGCCGCAGCUUCUAUAUCCAUGGACUCAGUAUUAUCAAGGGGAGCCGCAUUCUCAAUGUGUUGCCAAGGGCUUACUGUUGCUGUUGUUCCUCACAUUGGCCAUGUUUCUCAGCAACCCCUGGACCAGAAUAUGCAAAGCCUAUAGUUAGACAACCACCUGGCCUUUUUUUUUUUUUUUUUUUUUGAGAUGGAGUUUUGCUCUUGUUGCCUAGGCUAGAGUGCAAUGGCGUGAUCUCAGCUCACCGCAACCUCCUCCUCCUGGGUUCAAGCGAUUCUCCUGCCUCAGCCUCCGGAGAGUUGGGAUUACAGGCACGUACCACCAUGCCUGGCUAAUUUUGUAUUUUUAGUAGAGACAGGGUUCCACCAUAUUGGCCAGGCUGCUCUCGAACUCCUGACCUCGUGAUCCACCCAUCUCAGCCUCCCAAAGUGCUGAGAUUACUGGCAUGAGCCACCGCACCCGGCCUUUUUUGUUUUUGUUUUUGUUUUUUUGAGACAGGGUCUCACUCUGUCACCCAGGCUGGAGUGCAGUGCACAAUCUCAGCUCACUGCAAUCUCUGCCUCCCAAGCAAUCUUCCCACCUCAGCCUCCGGUGUAGCUGGGACCACAGAUUCUCUACCACGCCUGGCUAUAUUUUUGGUAAAGACGGGGUUUCGCCAUGUUGUCCAGGCUGGUCUGUAACUCCUGAGCUCAAAUGAUCUGCCCACCUCGGCCUCCCAAAGUGCUGGGAUCACAGAUGUGAGCCACUGUGUCCGGUCCAUCUGACUUCUCAAAGACUUUAGACCUUGACUUCAGUGAUUUGUUGUAGUCUUGUAUGCUUCUCUGUAAAAUUUUAAUAAAUGAAAUGUCUUAUUUUUGCAGAAAAUGUU